UGUUUUUCUGAUGGAAGACAAUAUUGUGGUUGCUCGUAUCAGCCAGCGGAUAGAAAACAUCACAGGACUCUCCAAGAAAUCAGCUGAAAGCCUAUUUGUUCAGAAUUAUGGGAUUGGAGGCAGAUAUGAACCACAUUAUGAUGAAUUGGGUUAUGAGAAUGGAAGGAUUGCUACGUUCUUAAUUUAUAUGAGUGAUGUGGAGAUAGGGGGCGCCACUGUGUUCCCUGAUGUUGGCGUUGUAUUGAAACCAAAAAAGGGUUCCGCCGUGUUUUGGUUCAACCUCCGCAAGAAUGGAAAUGUGGAUUUAAAUACAAAACAUGCUGGAUGCCCUGUGUUAAGGGGUAACAAGUGGGUGGCUAAUAAAUGGAUCCAUGUGUUUGGACAAGAGUUCAGGAGACCCUGUUCUUUGUCAUACUUGGAGUGAAAGACACAGACCAUGGAGAAAUCAUAUGAAGUGUAUCUGUACUAUAGAAGUAUGUGUUAUUUUUAUUAUGUACCAUGUAAGUUUUGUAUAUAGGAUCUGUAACACAGAUAGAUACUACUGUAUUCAUUUAACAGUGAUUUACUAAUCUCUAGGUGCCAGUAAUAUUUAUAAUAAUUGCAAUGUACAAUAAAAAGCACAGUAAAUUCAAUAGAUUAAAAUCUUAGUUAGUGGGUCCUCCAUCACCCGUCUCCAGAUGAUACAAAAUGCAGCAGCACAUCUUUUAACAGGCACAC